AUUUAAAAAAUCCGAAAAUAACUCAUAUCGCGGCAUCUAUACCCGAUGAGGUCGAGUCAUUCGCGCAUGUAUAUAUUUUUCUGCUCGUGAGUGACAUGAAUCAGGACCAAGCCCAAGUUCUCUUCCACGAGGGCGCAAUUCUCGUCUUUCUAGAUGUACCCCUUGGGACAGAAUUCGGCAUCGAUUGGAAUUCAUGGAACGUGGGCCCCAAGUUCAAGGGGGUUAAGAUGAUACCCCCUGGUUUGCAUUUCAUUUAUUACAGUGCAACAAAUUCUGACCAUCAGGCGGCGCCACGAUCUGGUUUCUUCUACAACUUCAAGGCGAAGGAAGUACUGGUAAAGCGAUGGGACAGGGCAGCGGAGGACGUCAUAACGGAAACUAUCUCGACGGAAAAUCAAGAACAGUUCGAGGCAAAUAAGAAGGAGAUGGACCCUUUUCUUGGUGUUUAUCCUUACGAGAACUACAAGAAAUGGGUGUCCAUGACGAACCACAUGACAGAUGAUGUAAUUCGGACACUGGAGCCACUGGAAGGGAAGAUCUUAUCGGUGACAGAGUUCCUAUCAGAGCGGAGUACGUCCCAGAGUAGAAAGGCGGCAAAAGAAAAAGCUGAGGAAGAAGGAUCUGAGCAGACGUCGGACGAUUCCAGACUUCCUACAAUGCAACAGAAGGAGGGAAGCCAAAUACGUUUUUCAGCGAUUCCAAAGAAAUAUCCGGAAAAUGCUUCUCCGGCUGAAAUCACGAAAUACAACAUGGACUCAAGUUACGCAUUGGAAAAAAUGAUCGAACUAAAUUACAGAACGGAUCUGGAAAUUCUCGGAGAGAUUCAGUUCAGUUUUAUUUGUUUCAUUGUCGGACAAGUCUAUGACGCAUUCGACCAAUGGAAAAAGUUGGUUCAUUUAUUAUGCAGCUGCGAAGGGGCGCUAAAAAACCAUACAGAACUUUACGCUCAGUUCAUAUCUGUCCUCCACUAUCAAGUGCGGGAAAUCCCGGAGGAUUUUUUUGUUGACAUUGUCUCGGCGAAUAAUUUUUUGACUUCUACUAUGCAGAUCCUAUUCUCGAAUAUGGAGAGUGGCGACAUCGAUGAGGGAUUGAGAAAACGCGGUUUGAAUUUCCGCGAACAUUUGACCAAGAAAUUUAAAUGGGAUUUCAUGGAGGAACCUGACGAGGACGCACCGGUAGUUGUUGAAACAGAAUAAAUUGGCAUUUUUUUGUAA